AAAAUAAAAAUAAAAAAAAAUUAAAUAAAUAAAAAUCAUAUUUCUCAGUCUGUCUUUGCAGCUUGGUCUGGAAGAAGAAUGCAAUUAGGGUUUAAGUCUUUCCUCAAUCUCAGCAGGUUAAGUUUCUCCCACGAAUUCCACAACCGGAACAAGAGCAUUGGAUUCUCUUAUUAGAUUGAGAGUACCUCAAGCUUUUGUGCCUAAACGCACCGUCUCGACUGCUUCCCCCACAAGAAAGAAAUCCCCCAAAGCCAAAGUACCAAUGAGUUCCACAAACCCAACUCCUCAGAACCCUAUUUUCAAGGAAGACGAUGUCGAAAGCAAUGAGCUUGAGAUUGAGAGUUUUAAGGAUGACCCUGCACGAAUCGAGGCAAUGACGGUUCACCAACUCCGAACUACGUUGAGGAAUGUCGGUAUCCCUGCCAAAGGUCGUAAAUGCGAGCUUGUGUCUGCCUUGAAGUGCUUUUUGGAAAAGAAGAUAGAUGGUGAAGGUUCUGUGGUAAGACAAGGACAAGUGUCCUCCAUUUCUAUUGAAAAUGCAUCGGGUCAAACCAAGGCUGAAACUUCAUCUGAUGGAGACCAUGCUCAAAAUGUCGACACUGUUUUGGAGGGUUAUGAACUGCAACGGAAUAAGAGAAGGUUAAAGCAUUCGUCAGUUAAGAGUAAAACUCUUGUAGGCGAUAACAAAGUUGCCACGAAAAAGGAGAAGCUGUCAAUUGAAUAUGAUGAGGUUUCAGGUGAGAAAAUCUCGAGGACACGGAGGAAAGUAUCUUCAGAAGCUAUUAGCGUUGAUGUCAAAACUGAUGAUAAAGUGGCUGAGCCGUGGACAGUUCUUGCACACAAGAAACCUCAGAAAGAUUGGAUUCCUUAUAAUCCUAGAACAAUGAAGCGUCCACUGCUUCCCAAAGAUACUAAAUUUGUGAAGCUUAUGUCUUGGAAUGUCAAUGGUUUAAGGGCAUUACUUAAGCUGGAGGGAUUCUCUGCUUUGCAGCUCGCUCAAAGGGAAGAUUUUGAUGUACUGUGUUUGCAGGAAACCAAACUGCAGGAGAAAGAUGUUGAAGAUGUGAAAAGGUCUCUGAUAGAUGGCUAUGAGAAUAGCUUCUGGACAUGCAGUGUUUCCAAACUUGGUUAUUCAGGAACUGCAAUUAUAUCUCGGAUAAAGCCACAUUCUGUCACAUAUGGCCUUGGCAUACCCGAUCAUGACAGUGAGGGGCGGAUUGUAACAGUAGAGUUUGACUCGUUUUACCUGAUAAGUGGAUAUGUUCCUAAUUCUGGAGAUGGUUUGCGAAGACUGUCAUACAGGAUCACAGAAUGGGAUCCAACUCUCAGCAAUUACAUGAAAGAGCUGGAAAAGUCAAAACCUGUCAUUUUAACUGGUGAUCUGAACUGUGCUCAUCAAGAGAUAGACAUAUAUAACCCAGCUGGAAAUAGAAGAAGUGCCGGGUUUACAGAUGAAGAAAGGCAAUCCUUUGGGACAAACUUUUUAUCCAAGGGAUUUGUGGAUACCUUCAGAAGGCAACACCCUGGUGUUGUAGGCUAUACAUACUGGGGUUAUCAGCAUGGCGGACGCAAAUUUAAUAGAGGGUGGCGGCUUGACUACUUCCUCGUCUCAGAAUCCAUAGCGGACAAGGUUCACGACUCAUACAUUCUCCCUGACGUUACUGGUAGCGAUCAUUGCCCUGUAGGUCUUGUAUUUAAGCUGUAGGUAGGACGGUGAAAUGAAAUCCAAUUUUGUAUGGGCAUUUGAAAUCGCCUAAAGACCAAAGUAGUACAUUGCAAAAUUUAGAGGUGGAGAUUUUGUAUUGCCUUCCGUCUGUAAACUUCAACUCUAUGUUGUAAUAUAAUGACUGAACCAAUUGAUGAA